AUGGAUGACCAGGGAUUUCCUGAUUGUCAGCUAACCAGUCGACGUGAUGAACUCAGAAGUCAGAUCAAGUUCGGAGUUGAGUCCCUUCUUGUCCUUAUAGCCGGUGAGACCCAUGAAUCAAAACAGUUGGAAAACUUGACAAACAGAUUGGUGCAAACCAUAGAUGAAUUUGAAGCAUCACCUAAACUUCUUGAUGAAGAUCUUCAUGUUCAUUUCGAUCAGCUUCUUAACGCCUUUUACAAGGUGCGUGUCUCUUCCGGGCACCGCCUUCCUAACACGGGUUUAUACUUACAAUCAAUCUCCAAGAUAGUGUACACAUUUGCUAAGGUUCGUGGAUUCAAGUAUAUUAGUCAACUAUUCACUACAAAUAUCUAUAAAGUUCCAGAGAUAGUUGAAUUGCUUGAAGGGUAUGAGUUGAUCAAUGGUGUUGAUGAUGAAUUGUUUGUGAGUUUAUUAUGGAUAUCUAACUUGGUUCUUGUUCCAUUUCCCUUCGAUCUUGUCACAGCUGAAAUGGAAUUGCUGCUGCUGCUGAUCUCCGUCCGCAUAUACAAGGUAAUACUCCGGGUCUUGGACCAUUAUGACUCAAUGUCGAAGAAUUUGGACAUUGCAACGGUCAUCAUGUCUCGUUUGCUUAGUCGACUGGAUCAAAUAACGCUUAGAUUUGAAUUUCUUAAUCUUAAGGGAAGAUCUAAUCAUUUGGGUUAUCUUAUGGCUUUAAACAAGUUGGUUAAACGAAUUCGAUGGUCAGAGGAAAAUGGGCUAGUUGAGAUUACAAAUUGCAUAUGGAACGUUACAAUUAACAAUACAUCCGAUGAUAUGAGCUUUCUACUACCUUAUAGAGUUAAGCUUAUGGGUAAAUUAGUCCAACUUUAUUCAACUCAGAAAGAUUAUACAAACAUUACCAAUGUCAUUAAUGCAUUGCACGAUAUUGCAGAGACUCCAAGCACUAUUAACUAUGAUCUCAAAUAUACAAUUGCUAAAACAAUGUAUAUUGCUUACAAUCUGAUAUCUCAAGUGGCAGUCAACUACGCCGACCAAUACCUUGAAUAUGUGUGGAAUCAGAUGUUUCUUAAUCCUAAAGAAGAUUUGGGUCAAUAUCACAUUGGUCUUUUAUUCUAUGGGUACAUAUUUCUUAAUGGUCUUGGAAGAAAUAGUCUUGAUAUCACCUUUAAACUAAUAUCAUUGGUUGGAAUUAACCUUUAUCCGGAAAAUGAUAGUCAUAAUAAAUUGGGAACAAAUAUUAGAGAAGCAACUUUAUUCUGCUAUUAUGGAUUUGUUCGUGAACUUGGUGGAAAGAAACGGAAGGACUUACUUUAUCACGAUGACCAGCUUACAAUUAUUAAUUCAGUUUUCUAUAAUCUAUUGAAGCUUGUGAUGUUUGAUUCGGAGAUAUACAUCCGAAGGUGUGCUUUGGCAGUGGUGCAAGAAUACUUGGGACGACUUGGAUUACUUCUUGACGAAUCGAAUGAAUUCCAAUUGAAAGCAAUGGAGUUAUUGGCAACUCAAGGAAUAUUACGACAGAAUCUUGAACUCAUUCAAUCAACAAUAGAAGAGUUUGUUAAACUAGGAGUUCCAGUGAAGUUCUUCUUGCUGAUAUUGAUUGAAAAGAUGCUUGAACCUAGUUGUCCUAAUCUUGAAAGAAGGAGGAAAGUCUUGCAUUGGUAUAUUACUACCAAGUCUACCACCAACAAUAUAAAUAAGCUACCACUUGCUGCACUAGCUGAUUAUCCUAUUUUAUUUGAUGAGAAUCAUCUCAUCAGUAGUUUAUCUUCUGACAACUCUUUAUUGGACUUAGAUACAAGGUUAAUGAUACUUGUUGGUAUUGGACAAUGGGAAAAUUCGUUGGUUCUACAGUUCAAAAAAGAAUUUGUGUUUAAUCCGUCAAGAGACUCCAUUCUUAAAGGUGAAAAUAGAUUGAAGAUUCAUGAUCAUGAUCAUGAUCAUGAUCAUGACGUUUCAUCACUUAUACCUAUUUUCAAAGCUGUAAACAUCAGAGAAUAUGAUGUUGGAGUAUUUAUUCAAUUCAUGGAAACGGCUCCACUUUGGCAAUGGUCAUAUAUUCUUUCACUUAUCCCACAUCACAAGAUAUUGGCCCAAUGUAUUUUAUGGCAUCCACAAUGCCCUUGGGACGUCUGUCUAUUGGUAGAGGAUGCAAGCGUUCAUUAUACUAUUAGAACAUUAUUGAUCCAAGGUGUAAGCACUACGUGGGAUAAGGUGCUGAGACCGUGGGAUACUUAUAAGAAGGUUGGCUGUGCAAUUAGAUGGCUAGAUGAUUAUACAAUGACUAACCAAGGAGACGUUGGAUCACAUUUAAGACGAGCCAGUAUGAAAUUAAUUGAAUCCAAGUUGAGUGAGUUUUAUAAUUCAGAUCAUGAGAUAUUACCACGUCUAGUGAGGAUGAUGGGUGAAGGGAUUGAUGGAGUUCGAAAGCAAGCCAUGCAGUUAUCAAUAUCCUUCUUGAAAAUGAAGGAGCCUGAAAGAUAUUUGAUAGAAGAAUUAAACGAUUAUAGUUCAUAUUUCCGAUGGUAUUUUAAUGGGUAUAGUGAAUUGUGGUAUAGCUGGAGGAAAGAUUUUUGGAAGGGUUUAGUGACCACCCUUGGAUCUACAGUUGGAUCACGAAUACUUAUCAAUGGUUGCUUUAAUGAGUUUUAUUUGUUUUACAUUAAAGCCGAUUCUAGAACCCGAGGAGACGUGAUUGAUGAUAUAAUUGAUUUGAUGAUACUUGAUGUGAAAAAUAAACCCAACUUGACAAAAUCUGAAUGGAAUAAACACACCAAGAUUGUUUCUCUGGCAGUUCGAGUUAUAUUAAGAAUGAUGGAAAGUGGACUAAUAAAAUCUUUACUGCUGUUACCAGAAGAUGAACUUAAACAUAAAUUAUAUGUUCGAUGUUACAAUUUAACUCUUUCCAAAACAUGUGAUGACCGUAUGAUUUCCAUAAUUAAGAUCUUGCAUUUGAUGGGAGAUGACGUGGCCCGCAAACGAGUUCUGGUAUUAAUAAAGAGACAUAACCUUGAAUUGCUUCAACAAGAGUUGGACUUCUACUAA